GCCUUUCUUCCGCCAGAUCUCGGUGAUUAUAUUGCGCACCGUUUUGGCAAGUCUUAGUAAUCCGUUUAUUUCUGGACGGAAUUGGCCUCAGAAAGCGUCAAAAUGCUCGCCACAGUCCGCAAGCAGCUCAGAAGUCACCCAGCUCUGAUCCCCCUUUUCUUCUUCAUUGGCGGAGGGGCAGCCAUGUCCAUGAUGUAUCUUGCUCGUCUGGCCUUGAGAAACCCUGAUGUUUGCUGGGAUCGCAAGAACAACCCAGAGCCCUGGAACAAGCUGGGCCCAAAUGAUCAGUACAAGUUUUACGCCGUCAACUUGGACUACAGCAAGCUGAAGAAGCACGGCCCCGAUUUCUAAAGAUCAUAUCUGCUGGACCAAAAGCACAAAGAUGAGCUGAUCCGCACAGCCCAAGUUUUAACUUCCUCCGGGAACCUUCGGGAUGCAGAGGCUAAAGCCGCACAAUGAUUCAUAUUUAAGUUUUCCUCAUUGCAUCCUGUUUGCUUUUUGAAACAUUAUCUCUUGCUUCUCAUUUUCAAUGUUCAUGAAUAAAGUGAAGGAGUCUUUUCUCCUCCAUACAGAGAAAA